AUGCUUUUAGACCCUAAUCGUUGUUGCCGAAUUUGAGGUUAAGGCGGUAGCAUUACCCUCGUUCAGCCAACUCUUCGCUUAUAAAUGUGAAGAAAUCCCAUUGGUGAAGGCUCAAGCUACUCAUGUAAGAGGCUAUCCUGUGCUGAUGUGUUUAGCAGCCGAUGGAAAAAUGGUUGUUCUUUCGCUACCAUCUCUUCGUGUCCUUCACACGUCUCCAUUUCUACCACAUUCCGUCGAAAUUGAAGAUGCGUAAGU